GAUGCUCUGCCAGAUCUGUUCAUUGAGAUUCCCAGCUUAUCCCAGAGCCAAGUCCCCCGCCUCCUUCAGCUUGGGGCCGCGGGCAGCGCCAUGGAGAAGAGUAGCGAAACCAACGGCUACCUGGACGGCGCCCAGGCGGGGCCUGCAGCAGGGCCUGGCGCGCUGGGAUCCGCGGCGGGACGCGCGCGGCGCUGCGCGGGCUUCCUACAGCGGCACGCGCUAGUGCUGCUCACCGUGUCGGGAGUGGUGGCGGGCGCCGGACUGGGCGCAGCGCUGCGCGGGCUUGGCCUCACCCGCACGCAAGUCGCCUACCUGUCCUUCCCCGGCGAGAUGCUGCUCCGCAUGCUGCGCAUGAUCAUCCUGCCGCUGGUUGUCUGCAGCCUGGUGUCGGGCGCUGCCUCCCUCGACGCCAGCUCUCUCGGGCGCCUGGGCGGCAUCGCCAUCGCCUACUUCGGCCUCACCACGCUUGGCGCCUCGGCGCUCGCCGUCGCUUUGGCGUUCAUCAUCAAGCCCGGCUCUGGCGCACAGACCCUCCAGUCCAGCGACCUGGGGCUGGAGGAGUCGGGGUCCCCUCCGGUCCCCAAAGAGACAGUGGACUCUUUCCUCGACCUGGCCAGAAACCUGUUUCCCUCAAACCUUGUGGUUGCCGCUUUCCGUACGUAUGCAACUGAUUAUAGAGAGGUGACCCACAAUACCAGCUCUGGAAAUAUAACCCGUGAGAAGAUCCCCAUUGGCACCGAGAUCGAAGGGAUGAACAUUUUAGGAUUGGUCCUCUUUGCACUGGUGUUAGGAGUGGCCCUAAAGAAACUUGGCUCUGAAGGAGAAGAGCUCAUCCGUUUCUUUAAUGCCUUCAACGAGGCGACGAUGGUGCUGGUGUCAUGGAUUAUGUGGUAUGUACCUGUGGGCAUCAUGUUCCUGGUUGGAAGCAAGAUUUUGGAAAUGAAGGACAUCAUCGUGCUGGUGACCAGCCUUGGAAAAUAUAUCUUCACAUCUAUAUUGGGCCAUUUUAUUCAUGGAGGAAUUGUUCUGCCACUUAUUUAUUUUGUUUUCACAAGAAAAAACCCAUUCAGGUUCCUCCUGGGCCUCCUCACACCAUUUGCAACAGCGUUUGCCACCUGCUCCAGCUCAGCAACCCUCCCCUCCAUGAUGAAGUGCAUUGAGGAAAACAAUGGUGUAGACAAGAGGAUCAGCAGGUUCAUCCUCCCCAUCGGGGCCACUGUGAACAUGGACGGGGCAGCCAUCUUUCAGUGUGUGGCCGCGGUGUUUAUUGCCCAGCUCAACAACAUCGAGCUGAAGGCAGGACAGAUUUUCACGAUUCUAGUGACAGCCACAGCAUCCAGUGUCGGGGCAGCAGGCGUACCAGCUGGAGGGGUCCUCACCAUCGCCAUUAUCCUGGAGGCCAUCGGCCUGCCCACUCAUGACCUUUCUCUGAUCCUGGCUGUGGACUGGAUUGUGGACCGCACCACCACCGUGGUGAACGUGGAAGGGGACGCGCUGGGUGCCGGCAUUCUCCACCACCUCAACCAGAAGGCGGGGAAGCAAGGCGAGGAGGAGCUGAGCGAAGUGAAGGUGGAGGCCGUCCCCAACUGCAAAUCGGAGGAGGAGACAUCGCCUCUGGUGACGCACCAGAACCCCGCCGGCCCUGCAGCCAGCGCCCCCGAGCUGGAAUCCAAGGAGUCGGUUCUGUGAGGGGGCUGGCCCUGGGCGUGCCCGCCGGCCGUGGCGCCCCGCCGUGUGAGGGCGGCCAGGGGGCGCGGGCCCCCUGCUCACUGACUUUUAGCCCCGUGCAAUGCUUUGGCCCGGUCAAGGGUUCGAGGAUUAUGUCUCCGUGCAGGCAUCGCGCUUCCCAGCGGGAACUGGUUACCGGAGACCAGGGCGCUCUGCCGUAUGGCUUGAUCCGUGUACAGGUGCAACUGUGUGUGCUUUGGAAACCCGUCCUGGAGCUGCAGGCUGGGGGCAGAUCAGGCUCCCCGGGACAGGGUAGUUACGGCUUGGAACAACGCACAGGUGCCCUUCACUGCGCGCAGGCAGCUCUGCCCUCGUGGUCUUUCUGGGCAAACUAGGGGGCUUUACAGCCCUCUGUCAUGCAGCCUCGCAAGCCAGAGUGAUUGGAAAAAUUCCCAAAUUCUUACCUGUGGCUGGAAUUCACUGAGCUGGUACCUGAGGUGUUGAGAGAUUUCUAACUUGAGGUGUGGCUGAUUCUGAUUCACUGGUUGCUGGUGGGCUUGGAGGUGCAGCACAUUGUUCUGUUGGAAAUACUACAGACCCCAUUAGCACUGUGGGGGUCUCUGGUCAGUAACAUUAAGUAAACAGCUUAAAUGCUGAGGUCAGAGAAAGGAGGGGGGAUGCAGCCAGCAAGGGUAAGGGAAGCAUCCUGUCAGGACAGACGGACACACACACACACAGAUACACACAGUCAUCCUCAAUCUCGAUCCAUCCCCAGGGAAGUUUUCUGCUUCCAGGACCUGGCCUCUGACAACACUGUAGCUUAAUCCCCAUCCAGGCCCAAGAGGGGCCUUUUCCUCCAUGAUCUUCACAUCUAGGACCGGCUGGCUCAUUAAUCCAAUCUUAGAAUUCAGCUAGCCCCCUAAAAUGCUGCACUUUGCAAAACAAAAAUGAAAACACAUAAACCCACUUACUAACUGGGGUGGGGUGCCCCAUUCCCGGGUCCCCAGGUCUCCUGGCUUUGGCUAAUUUGUUGUGGGCUGGGUUUCUUUUCCUGCCAGUAGAUCAAAAGUUUAAGACUGGAAACCAAAUGUCCCCAUUCCUGCAGAUAUCUGCCGAUUUGGUCUGAAUCUAGGCGAGGGGACUUUAUCCAGAAGACCAGUGUUGCCAGGGACGGGGAGACUGAAAGGCACAAGAAUGCUCAUUCCCUGUGGCUGUUGGUGGUUCUCUGUGAUGUGACCUGCCGCAAGUCCUGGGCCUCACUUUACUCCAUUUGUAAAAUGGGGCUGAUGUCACCUGCCUCUUACCUACCUCAGAGGGAUCUGGUGAGGCAAACUGAGUGAAUCUGUGAUAACAACCCAUUCAUUUCUUGGAUAGCAAAUGCUAACAACUUACGCUCUUAUGUUUUACCCAAGUGAGACCUUUCUUCAUGGAGUCCUUGUGCUCCUGGUAAAGACAGCUUCUCUGAGCAGAACUUUGUUCUCUGAGUGCGGUCGCAACUCUGCCAUGCAGCUUGUUCUCUUCAUAGAUAUUUCAUAUCUAUGAUACUUCAUAGAUAGUAUCGAGUGCAACCUCUUCCUGAUGUUGUUCAGCUACUCCUGAGUGAACCACGCCAUCCGUAGCACAUUUCUGGGUUCCUGGCUUCCCUGUGACUCCCAGACCUCAGGCACUGGCCGGCCACCUCACAACAGGCCAUUAACAGUUCCCGGACGUCCCACCUCAUGCGGUUUUCUUGUUUUCCCUGUUGCUGUGACAGGGCCUGCUGUGACAGGCCCUGCAGAAGAGGAAGGAGCUGUGGAGAUGUGUUUCUGGUGCUGUUGAGAAUGGGAGGGCAGGGACAGAGGCAGUCAAGCCCCUCCUUUUGGGGUGUGUGCCUGAAUGGAAGGAGUGGGGAAGAGCCCUGGGGCUUAGAGCUGGCCUGGCCAAUGGGAAGGCCCAGCUCCCUCCAAAUCUCUUUAAACCAGCCAAGCGGCUCCCAUCCUCUGUGAGGCCAAGAGGGACCAGGAACUGAGCCGAGAGCUGCCUGGAAACCUUGACACUCUGGCUCAUUGCUGAUCCCCCUUCUGUUUUGAAAGGGGAAACAAUCACAUUGUUUGAUCCCAAAUUGCAAAUGAACAUUCUGCCUUUGCCUCUACUGUCUUUCCUUCUCCCACAUAUCUAUGGCUCUAUUUGCACACAAAUGCAUAUAUGUAUGUGUGUCUCCAUGUUGUUUUAGCUCUCAUCCAAGCAAGAUUUGAAUUUGGAUAGAAGUGACCUAACCAGUGUUGUGGCUUCUGCAAACUGAUUUUCCUAUGUCUAAAAGUAAGUUUCACAAAAUGUUAAAAUUAGAGCUGCCCAUCUCGUGAGCGUGCCUCCUCUGUCCCAAACCUGGCAAGGCAGUAGGCAGAGUGCUGGGCCCAAAAGGGGCGCUUCUAUAUGAAAUCCCAUGCGACAGCUCCCCUUCCUCUGCGAGGAAGAAGGUGCUGUGUGCCUCCUUGUUUUUCAGACCAGAGUGACCUGGCUGGGGAAAAUCCCACUUUCUCACUGUCUGAAGCUAUCUCCCCCACUCUUCUAACAUGUUGUCGUAAAUACUGUUCAUCUCUGUUUUCUGUGUGUGACAUUUGCCUUAAAACAUAGCAGUCCUCAAAAUGAAUACAGUAUUUCUGCUAGGAUCUGCAUGUUCCUUUCUUCCUCUCUUGUGUUCUGCAGUGGUGGUUCCAGGUUAUGGAGCUUUUCUAGGGGAUCACCUGAGGCGGGUCUGAAUGGAUUUUGUUCUAGCAGCUUUUAGCCAGUCUGACCUCCUGAGGCAGGGUAGGCCCGCUCCGGUGGGCCAAGCUGCUGCAGGGCAGUCACUGAGGUCCUGCUGUUUCUGGAUGCUUCCUAUUCAACACUACCAAGGCUCAGUAAAAAGUGGGUAGUUUUGCUAUAUACCUCCAUAAAAUUAAGUCUUCUUAGAACAACUAGGUCAACAGGCCUUAACGGAGCAUCUAUAAACUGAGAUCCAUGCUGGAAGAAUGCCCUAGUCCAUAGAAUUACCGAGAAAGUCCCUGCGUGGGGCACUUGCCCAGGCCUUGACCAUCAUGCACACCACACCCAGCCCUUUCUUUUAUAUAAUUUCAUUUUCAGUGACACCACAUUCCAGCACAAUUAGGGAAUUUAGAAGCCUCUUACGAAAGAUUAUCCGACAAGCUCAUACUGGAAGCCUUAGUUUCCAGGUUCUGGGGCCUCUGAAGAAACAAGUCCCGUUCUGACCUGGACAUUUCCAGCUUCUCAUAUCGUACAGACCCUGGUUUUAAUUUCUGGCCAAGGCUUAAGGGGAUGAGAACAGAGUUUACACAGACCAAGGGCCUGAUGGGGCCUGUUACUAAAUGACCAGAUUCUCACCUUGGAGGACAGCUGUCUUACUUCUUGGUUUUGAAGAGCGUGUGAAGGUUGCGAUGGUACUUAGUGCUUCAGCUUUUUAAUAUAGCUGCAAAUCAAGAGGAGCAAUUCCAUAAGCUGCCUCUUCCCAAGUGAGCAGAAAGUGUGCUGCUCUGUGGGCUCACCUGAGCAUCCUGAGGGGAACUUCCCACAGCAUCUGUGAAGGACAUGAGUGACGCAGCAAGGAGUGUGCACUGUCUGGGCUCUGGCCUAGCUCUGCUGCUUGCUUUCUCUGUGACCCCAGGCACAACAACCCCUCUGAGCCUCAGCCUCCUCACCUCUUCU